GAUAGAGAGAGAAGAAACACAGUAAAACCCUAACUCUAUAUAAAUCAAAUACCUUCCCUUCACUUGUUCGUCGCCGUCUUCAGAAAAAAAACUAUUAGCUUUCCGCCUCCUUCGAGAUCUCCAUCAACUAAAAUGAAGGUUGUCGCCGCCUACUUGCUCGCCGCUUUGAGCGGAAAAGCUUCCCCAACCAGUGCCGAUAUCAAACAAAUCCUCGGAUCUGUUGGUUGUGAAUCUGAAGACUCUCAGAUUGAGCUUUUGUUGAAGGAAGUCAGUGGUAAAGACUUGUGUGACCUGAUUGCUGCUGGAAGGGAGAAGUUGGCUUCCGUUCCAAGCGGUGGUGGUGGUGUUGCAAUGGCCGCUGCUCCAUCUGCCGGUGGAGGUGGUGGUGCUCCUGCGGCUGAGGCCAAGAAGGAAGAGAAGAAAGAAGAGAAGGAAGAAUCCGAUGAUGACAUGGGUUUCAGUCUGUUCGAGUAAAGGCAGUAAUGCCUGUUGGCUUAUGUUUUUGUCAUCCUUUUCCAUUUUGUGUUAACCCUUUGAAACCUUUAUGUUGUUGUUUCUUAGUUUGUACUCGAUGGGUUAUCUUUUUGACAUUUCUGCAUUUCUCAAGAGAUUUUUAGUUAAAAUCAUAA